AUGUUUUGGGAGCAAGCUUUUUCGGGAAUAUUCAAAUAAUUGUUCACAAAAGUAAUAAAAGUAACAAUACCGUUUAAUAUUGAUUUUUAUCUCAUUUUUACUUAGUAGCAACCACAAAACGCAAUCAAACAGACUUGUAAAGUAGGCCACAACGGAUUUCUUGUUUUCGCGGGAACUAGCGGCCAUAACCUCAUUUUAUCAUUAAUUAUUCGCCAUAAAGUUUAUCUUCUCAUUCAAUAAAUUAUGUGCAAUUGAUAAAGAUUAAAGUUAUAAAUGUAUUUAGUAAGGUUUGAGUUGAAGAGAUAGUUUUUGAGAAAAUGAAAGAAUUAGAAGAAACCAACUGCGAGAUACGUAACGUUAUAAAUUUGGAUAUUCCAUCAUGGAGUCAAUUAGACAAUGUAACACAUUACGAAGAAUCUGCUACCACAGGUGGUUCGAAAGAUACAAAUCUUACUCAAAACUUUGGCGGUUUUCUAAAUAACGAAUGCAGAUAUGCAUGGCUUAGCCAUGAUAGGCGUCUGGUUGUAAUUGAUGCAAGAUGUGGCAGGUGCAUUAGUACCUGGAGUUUUCCAAAUCAGAUCACAUCGGUAUAUUCCUUUCCCAUGGAAUCUGGACAGAUGCCAUUGCUCUUAGUGGGAACAGAUAAUAAUGCAAUAAGAAUAAAAGAUUCAAUAGGAUAUUUGUAUGUUUACGACUGCAAUACUUCAAUUAUAUUAACAACGAUACAAGUACCUGCUGGUGUUGAGAAGGCAUGCAUUGUUCAUGGUGGUGCAGAAUGGGAAGAAUACAAUGAGAAGAGACCAGAUACAGUGUUACCUGGUAAUUCAGGAUUGAUAUUUGCUGCUCUUAGAAAUCUUCAGCACAUUAUUAUUGAUGUAAACAGGUUGUUAUGGCAAAGUAAAAUACAAGAUGGUAAAAUGUUGUCAGCAAAAUUAGAAUUUGUAAACAGUCCUCCUACAACAUUGAAUAGUAAGAAAAAAGAACUCAGAUACUUAGCAUAUAACCUAAUGGAUAGAGAAAUUGAGCAAUUCAUGGGCUUUGACAGAGACGAUUUUGAGUCGACACCGCUGUUCGACGAAAAUUUGUGUUCAGUUUUAUUAAGUUCCACAAAGACUGGCUGCUUGAUAACUGGCUGUUUAGGUCGCGUCAUAAUAUGGCAAAGUGAUGGUUCAAUCGGUUGGAUAAGCCCAACUUUUGAUGAGAAUGCUUACGUCACUCACGUCGCUCUCCUCGAGCCUUCGGACGAUCCUCGACCAUUUUAUUAUCUCUGGAUUGCAUGUCAGAACGACUCGUCGAAUUCGUCAGCAGUGCUGCGCAUGUAUGCCAUGCUGUUCAAUAAGAAGCACAGUGACAAGUCAGGCGAAUCGAGCCUGUACUUCAAUUUGGAGUCAGAGCCGAGUUUGAAAUUCGAGCUGGAGCUGGAGCAGGGCGAGCGAGUUCAUAGUCUGAUCUCAGUAGAGCGCGAGAACUCGCGUGAUCCGGCCGACUACGGCUCUCGCCGAGGUGAGGACAGUCUGCUGCUAAUUGGCAGCGAUGAGCGGGUGCUAUUGUUCGACCUGAAUCGCUGGUACAAGGAGCAGAUGCCGCGUACGAUGGCCGAAUGCCGCAACCCCAACAGUGUUAUGGCUAGUUAUCGUACGGCGCCCGAAGACUCGACGGCACCGAGAAAAGGCAUCGUCGCAUGUGCCUACGCGUCCAAGUCACUCAGGGAAUUCCCCAUCAAAGGACCUAGCUCGCCGGAGGAGCUUUUCUACCCGAACUCACUAACUAUCGAGUGGCUCGAACUCAGCUGGGAUUCACUUACUCACUGGCUUGUAAGAGGCGUGCAAGCAGAACUGCUGCGAGAGAUCACCAUUACCGGCCCAAUCGUUCUCGUCAAGCCAACCGAAAUUUAUCACAGAUGCCUUGUGUCCGGCUUAGUACCUUUCGACUCAACUCCACAAGAUUUUCUAUUCGAUGCAGACCAGGCGGAACAACGACAGAUGUUGUUAUCAAUAUGCCUCGAGCAGAGGUGGGCCAACUUUCUAUUGCGAUGUGUGCUUGAGUGGUCAGACGGAAGCGCAGCCUACCUCUAUCCAGAAUUCUUGCGCUGGAGCGUACAGCGAGCCUCGGAACUUAAACUGAUAACCGAUCAGCUGUGCGUGCCACUUUUUGAUCAAUCUGGUAUCACUAUUGGUGAAACUGAAGUGAGAACUCUACGGUUCUGUGCUCAGCAGCUUGAAUGCCUUGGCAACGUUGUAGCACACGUGCCCAACUUGGAAGGUGACCUCGAAAGACAAAGAAGGGCUCUCAAAAGGAUAGCCACUUAUCUACAAGUAUUAUUGUGGUUUUACGACGUUGGUCUACUACCGGAAAGCCGUGAGCUUGUAGAACAAAAGGAAAGCGAUCUACCUCAAAUAGCUUUUCCAGUAAAAAUUCCCUAUCCAAUAGACAAGCUCGCAGAAUUUUACGAAAAAAGAAAAGAAAAUUGCCAAAAAAUGGGUGGCAAAAUGGAACAAGAGGAUGUUCUGUUCAUUGAUCAGUUGAUAAACUAUGAGUGCAUGGCGCUAAAGGCACAAUGGCAACGAGAAGCCGUUGGUGAAUUUUCCAAUCGCGAAGGCCGAUACCCACCUCCAUCAUUACAGACGCUCUUGAGAUCUUUCCUUACGGAUUGUUAUAGGGAAACUUUCGAUGGAACAACUGAUGAAGAAGAUAUCGGUGACUUAGUAGAAAUGCAAAGCAAGCACAGUAUCACUAUAUACCUACUAAUGGAUCUGGCGAUGUUACUUCAAAAUACGCAUUCUAACGUUGACCAACUUAUAAAGUAUCCUUCAGCAUUCAAGCUUAGCCCUAGUUUAAUCAAACUCACCCAGGCCUUUUGGUUGCUUGAUCACGAGGAUUACGAAGGCUUUUUCAACGUCAUUACCGGUGAACUCGUAUCCUUGACUGACAUCAAAGACUGGCACCAUAAACUUGCCAUUCGUACUCUUUUACAAAACAAUCAGCACAAACUAGCUUUAAUGUAUUUGCGUAUAAUCAAACCUCCGUUAACGUCUUUGGAAGAACAGGGUAUUAUCAUAAGUCUUUCAGUAGAGCAAGGUCUCGUCGAAUCAGCAUUCCACGCCCGACCAUCUUCACACUAUAAUCAGCUACUUACCCGAUUUUUUCAGUCAUGCAAAGCUCAUGGCAAACUCAAAGAAAUUUUGUUAUUGUCAUUAGACAGUGAGGAAGAGGAAGCAUUUGUGAAAUUCUUAAAGGACAACGAAUGCGAGGACAUAAGAUUGCUUUAUUAUCUACAACGUUCCAGACAUGCGGAGGCAAAAGAUGUAUUUAGCAUUGAUACCAACAGAAAUUCUCGUCAUUCGAUAGCGCCAAAUAAAAUAAAUCCUAUCGCUUUGAAAAUGCUCGGCGCAUACAACGACACGUUGCCUGCUGUCACGAAAAAAUUCGCCAACACGCUCAACAAAAAUGAUUUUUCCGUUCCACUGUUUAGCUCCAAUAAAGCCAAUUCGUACCAAGUACUACAGCCACAAUCAUUUAUGGGCAAUUCAAGUUCUAUAACCAAUAUUACACAGGGUUAUCCCAAGCCAAUGUCGCAGUGCCGUCUUCCGGCUAAAGAAAUUUACGAAUUGGCCGUAUACAAAACCCGCGAAACAUGUCUUAAAGCAGGCAAAGUUAAUACUUCCGUAAAUUAUGUGCCUUUCCUUGGAGCACCUUGCUCCACUAUUGUCUUCUGCACUAGGGCAACUGGCAAUAUACCUGAGCAGACUGAUGCUAAUUGCGUACUGUUCCCAGAACGAAAAUUAAUAAAUAGCAAGCGGUCUUUAGAUACGAUAAACCAUGGAAACAUCGAUGCCGUUGAUGACACUACUGAUAGGAAGAGGCGAAGACUCGGCAGUGUUAGUGACACAAAUCUGUCGAAAGAAGAAAAUAACGCACAACUGUUUCGCCGACUAAGUAUGAGUCAAGUAUGUAAAACGCCACUAGUUCAGCGUAAAGACAAAGAAUUUAAUAAUUUAACUGUUGAGACGCCGCAUUCGAUACUCAAAAUACGACAGCUGCUCCAACGCAAUUCUAAUUCACCUGGUUACGAUUUAAAUGGUUCGAACGAAGAAAAUUAUUUUUUGAAACCUUCAGUAAUAGACGAUGUAAGACCGGCUCGUCAGAUUCGCUUCAGCGUAGAAAGAUUCAGCAGCAACGAGGAUUCACUCUGCUCUAUGAAUGACAGCAACCAAGAAAAAGAUGAACAAGAAAACAUUUCGCUUUGUAACAAAAUUGCAGACGGCGAAGCAGGAACUGACGAAACUUAUUAUAGUCCUAAUGCAAGCACACAAUAUUCGAGAGAUAGCUCAAUCCUUACUGAUAGCAGUAUUACAAAAUAUUUUCGUGGACCUCGACCCAGGCCAAGUUUACGAAGAAGUAGCCUAUUGUCUCAUGCAUCAAGUGAAUAUUUGUCUCAGAAGAUGGCUUCAUCUGAUAAUUCUACUUUGAGUGUCUCUAAACUGGAUAUUUCACAAGAAAAGAGUAGAAAAACAUCCGGCUCGCCCAGUGAUCCCAGCAAAUCUUUGCUGUCCCAAACCGUAUACAAUGCUUCGAUUUUGUCUGCAAAUACAAGCGUAGAAACUUCUCCAUUGAAGAGACCUUUUGCGUUCGAAUCUAAGUGCGAUGUUGAAGAAGAAAGUGAAGAGUCCGAAGAACUAUCGGGAGACGAAGAGGAAGUUUCAACUGUAACUUGUGACAAUGAAAAUUUGUUAGUGACACCCGUUACUAGUAAAGUGGCUCAGCAGACAGAUAGAAAACAAACUGCAGAGGCAAGUGAAAACGAAGCUGAAAAUGAAGAAAUGGAAACUCCAGACGAAGAUAGUAAAAGUGAAAUAUCGGCUUCCGCAAGUCAAGAUCCAUCUCAGCAGCCUGAAAUUAGCGAUGACGAGGAAAUCGAGAAACUUAAGAAGCAGUCAAAACAUCUUGAACUAGAAGAUGGUGAAUGUGAAAGUUUUCAAAGUUUCUCCAAUUCUAUGGACAACAGCACAUUCGAGCCAAUUGUACAAUGUAUUGAUCACCCGAUCAAGAAUUUCAAUGAUGAUGCAAAUUAUGAUAUAACGGAUACUUUUGAAAAUAGAAAAAUUCAUGGUCAAGAUUACAGUUUAAUUGAACGUUCCAAAUUAAAUCCAAAGGAUGAAUCCAUCAAUGAAGAUCAUGAUCACAGCUUGACUAAACCUCUUUUUCUUGACAACCGCGAUACGCUUAAAUUCGCAGAGCCAACUCCUGAUAUCACGGAUGAUGAGUCCGUAGAUGAAGUACCGGUAAAAAUGCCAGAAUUGGAAUCUAUAAUUCAGUCGCAAAACAAAGUCGAGGAUGAAGACAACGAGGAUGAUCUAAAGCUCAGCGUAUCUUCGUCCGACGACAACUCUCCCGACAACGAACAACUCGCAUCUGACACGUUAACUCGAACCAAUGGUUUGUCGAGUCGAAAAGAGGAAGAUAAACUACCGGACUCAUCGCCUACCUCAAAGACACUGAAGAGAAAACGUACUGUAUCCGCUACGAAAGAGUCUUCUAUAGAACCUUCGUUAUCGGUACCAACGAUGUUGAUCGAUGACAUUAAUAAACCAAGUACCCCACUACGUCGAAGUGCCAGAAAGCCAUCUGCGAUUCUACAACCGUCGCCCAGGCGCUCCAUUAAAUCAUUAUCUUCGAGUCCUGGCAAAAUUUGUGAAGCAAUGGAACCCAUAACUCCUAGUCAAUUGAGUGAUCGUGAGAAGCAAAAUAUUUCAGCGAUGAGGGAAGUCAAAGUGUCAUUGUCUAAAGCGCUCGGAAUGCCCAAUGAGCAAUCAAAUAAUCAGUCAUCAGAAAAAAUAUCGUCACGCGCGUCCUCCAGACAAUCGUCACGAGAACCAUCUCAAGAUAAAGACAUAUCUCAAGAAAUAUCAGUUAAAACGAAACGAUCCGCUCGAACGACUCAAAGAGAAUCAGUUAAUCAAACAAUUUCAACAAGAACGCGUGCUAGAAUUGGCUCAACGUCUAAGGAAGUCGAGAAGCCAGCUAAAAAAACAAAAGUAGUGUCCGUUGUGAGAGAUGGCCCAACGAUUUUUGAAUCUAGCACUGACAGUGAACAUUUGGUUGAAGAGCCGUCGGAAAAGAAAACUAAAUUCAAAACAAAAGUCACUUCUAUGUCAAAGGAUGCAAUAGUAGCUGACAACAUUGAUGAAACAGAGGAAGCUCAUGAAGUUGAAAAGUCUUCUAAACCUCGAGCUACUCGAACAAAGGAGACGAGCUUAAAGUCCGUGAGAAAAACUCGGGCUGGCUCAGUAACUCAGGAAAAAUCAGCACUAGAAAAACCUGCGAGCGUAAGAAAAACACGUGCAAGCUCCGUUGUUCAAGACGACGAGGUAUUCUUAGAAAAAUCUGUAACGGUCACGAAAAAACCAAAAGCAAGCUCUGUAGUACAAGACGAUAAACUUGCAAUUAAUACGAGAAAAACAAGAGCUGGCUGUGUGGCUCAAGAUCGCGAUAUGUCGGAGGAAAAGCUCUGUAGCCAUGAUCGAAAAACAAGGGCUACUUCAGUAGUUAAAGAAGAAGAAGUGCCGUUAGGAAUGAGAAGAACAAGAGCCGCGUCGGUGUCAAAAGAUACCAGUGCAAUUGAGAAUGGAGAUACCAUGACUAAAAGAGCAACGAGAGCUGCGUCAGUAUCUAAGGAUACUUCAACACCCGAACACGAAGAAACUUUUAGUAAGAGACCAAUACGGAAACGCGGUAGCUCUGUGCCUAAAGAUGCACCAGCAGAGCCGGUUAAGCUGUACUCUCGUAGAAGACGCUCCACGAGUCUCUUGCAAGAAGUCAUUCUCGAAGAAAGUCUUUCGCAGUUAGACUCGCCUAUGGACAAACGAAAUCGUCUACCACGUGCUGCAGAGGAGAUUGCGGUAUCUAGUCCGGCUACUAACACACGCAGUAGACGCUCCUCGAUACAAUCCGUUCCUGAGGAACUCGAAGAGAUUCUUAACGUGCCAAUCCCAGUCAGAGUCUUUAACAAAAAAUCCAAUAGCGCCGAGAUUCAUGACGAAAAUAGAAGUCGACGAGCUGCGAGCGUUGACUCAAAAGUUAUUGUACCAGUGGGGAAGCGUGUAACGCGGAGCGUCUUGGCCAAAACUACAUUAAUCGAAGAUAUUAUACCCGAAGAAACUACUAAAUCUCUAGUAACAAAAAAACAACCGACUAGAAGGAAACGCGCUACCUCAGUACCUGUGGAAGCAGUUGAAGAAACGGAAAAGGCCAAAUUACUUGGCAAGCCAAAAAGAGGAAGAAAAGUCAGUGAGGGGAAAAAUUUUGAAUUUUCUGUGCCAGAAGAAACUGGAGAGUUACCAGAUGAUGCUCAAGGCGAAUGUAAAACGCCAACUUACGAAUUUUCGAAACCAGCCGGGUUUCAGAAAUUUAUUUCGCCAAUACCAGACGACGAGGAGACUUCCGAAAUGACAACGAACCUUAUCAAACGCAUUAAUGUGAAAAGUGAGCGAGCAACGUCUAUCAGAAUGCGGCGCCCACGAACUUGUUUUGUAUUGCCGAAAAAGAUGAAAAAUAAAACUAAUUGAUUAAAAAUUAAUUCGAGUGAUAAU